AUGGAGUUGCGAGAUAAUUUACAGAAGAGAUUGAGAGGUAAUUCAGUGGCAGGGACUAGUUUCAACGAAAAAGACUUUGAAAGAUUAACAGCCAACUACUUGACCGGAAAUGGGAUGUUCCAAAUGAUGCGGCGGUCGUGUGCGGAAAUGCCGGAUCCGAAUCACUUACAUCCGUUGCAGCCUUCCUAUUAUCCACAUGUUCGAAGCAUCUCGGCGUCGGACUUGAGUAGAUCUGAAUCCAGGCGUUGGAGCGGGGAACGAAGCGACACCUCCGAGGACUUGGGUUUCGUUAACAACAGCAGCCGAGAAGAUCUUAUUCCCAGACAACAACAACAACAACCCCGUUGGCAACACCAUCAUCAACAGCAACAACAACAACACCCGCAUCUUCCAACAUUCGCCUUCUCUGAGAUGACCAACAUGAGUGACCCCAACGCAGAGACCUUUUUCGGGCUCAACAAGGCCAAGGGAGACACCAGUGGCCCCCCACAGGUUCAGAGAACAACUUACAAGACGGAGUCAUUGUUCUUCAUAGACGGCAUUCGAGAGAUUGACUUUGUCUUGGCCUACAAGGACUAUCGGUAUGACACAGACGAAGAAAUGAAAGCAGAAGAACAGCGAAUAUUCGAGAAGAACAUCAAGGAUGCUGGAUUACAAAUAGAAAGAGUCGAUAAACGGUACUCGAAAGACGGGAAAACGUACUUCAUAAAAAUUCAUGCGCCUUGGGACGUUUUGACGAGAUACGCGGAAGUCCUCAACAUCCGGAUGCCAAUCAAGGUGAAGCAAAAAAUCAAAUACAUCAUAAAACACUCUGAGGAAACUUACUCGAGUGCUCAACGAAGUUACAUCGUGUAUCAGAUUUUGCGCAGGGCCAGGUUUGCCAAAAUCGACGAAACCGAUGAAGACAACCACAUGAAAUUCGGCAUCCGGCGUCUCAUCGGCAAUGGCACUUACGAUGCAGCUUUCCCUCUUCACGAUGGACCCUUUGACAAGGAUGGUCCCAAUGGGCACAAAUCCGAAAGACGGAAAAAACAAGCCGCGACGAGAGAACACGCGGAAACUCGACACCGAGUUCGACAGCUGUUGAAGUCGACAAAAAGCCAUAAAUUGAACACUUGUCCUCCUUUUCUGCUCUCCUCUCCUCCUUCUUCUUCUUCUUCUUCUGCCUUUUUUUCGGGUUCCGCGAAAAAGGUUUUGUUUGAAGAAUGGGCUCGGGUGAAAAAGUGGUUCAAGAAACAACCCCUUUGGGUCGUAAGGCGCUACUUCGGCGACCAAAUCGGAUUGUAUUUCACUUGGCUCGGUUUCUACACCAGGAUGUUGAUCCCUGCUGCGAUUCUCGGCUUCUUUACGUUCAUUUUCGGCAUUUGUUUCAUCUACUCGGGCGAAAGUAUUCCGAGCCAGGAGAUUUGCGACGAAAAAGCCGCGGGGAACCUGAAGAUGUGUCCCUUGUGCGACAAGGCCUGCGAUUACUGGGAUCUCAAGUCCAGCUGCACUGUUUCCACCAUCACCUACUUAUUCGACAACCCGAUCACUGUUUUCUUCUCCAUCUUCAUGUCGUUUUGGGCAACCAUGUUUAUUGAGCUGUGGAAGCGGAAGUCCGCAAUCGUGCAAUGGGAAUGGGAUUUGGAGGGCAUGGAGGAAGAGGAAGAAGCCCGACCGGAAUUCGAAGCCGAGGUCAAGACCAGGCGCCUGAACCCGUUGACGCAAAGCAUGGAACCCUUUUUACCCCGCUGGCAGAAAAUUGCACGAAUGAUGACCGUCUACUCCAUUGUGCUUUUCCUGCUGACUCUCGUAAUUGCGAGUGUUUUCGGAACAAUUGUCUACCGACUGACCUUCGUUGCGGUGAUCCAAAGCCUGUCUGACGAGAACCACAACACCUUUUUUGCAAAAAAUGCCAAAACGAUUGCGUCCAUGUCCGGGGCUGUUCUUAACUUGAUCGUCAUCGUCAUAUUGAACUACAUUUAUCAAUUCAUCGCAACCAGAUUAACCAACAUGGAAUACCCGAGGACUCAAACGCAGUUUGAAGAUUCAUACACCAUGAAGAUGUUUUUGUUUCAAUUCAUCAAUUACUACUCCUCGCUCGUCUACAUCGCUUUUUUCAAGGGCAAAUUCGCGGAUCACCCCGGAAGCGUGCAAUCCAGAGAAUCUUACACAUACGACCUUUGUGACCCCGCUGGGUGCCUUUUCGAAUUAUGCAUUCAACUCGCCAUCAUCAUGAUCGGGAAGCAGGCAUUAAAUAAUUUCACCGAAGUCAUGCUACCGUAUUUGAAGAGCUUGUGGCGACGGUGUACUCAAACGGAAGUGGAAGACGUGGAUUUCAAAAACAAACAAAGCAUCCGGUGGGAGGAGGACUACGAGUUGCAGUCUCUGGACAGAAUGGCGCUUUUCGAGGAAUACCUGGAAAUGGUCAUCCAAUACGGAUUCGUCACUCUGUUCGUGGCGGCGUUCCCACUGGCGCCGUUCUUCGCAGUCAUCAACAACAUCGUGGAGCUCCGCCUGGACGCCUUCAAGUACGUGAGUCAGUUCCGGCGGCCCCUGGCGAAACGGGCCGAGGGGAUCGGGGCCUGGUUCGGGAUCCUCAAAGUUGUCACUUACUUGGCAGUGACAUGCAACGCUUUCGUCAUCGCAUACACUUCGGACUUCAUUCCGAGGAAAGUGUACGAAUACGUUUAUUCCAGGGAUGGAUCUUUGAAGGGUUAUGUGAACGCCUCCCUUGCAGUGUUCGACACGAAUCAUUUCCCCAACAGUUCUAGGACGAACGAGAAGCCACCGGCGUUUUGUCGUUAUAAGGCAUUCCGCAGCCCACCGACGACUUGGAGCUGGGCUCUGAAUGGAACCGUACCCGGGGUAACCACACCCAGUGUGGGCUCCCAAUAUGACCUGACCCUCAUGUACUGGCAUGUUUUUGCGGCUCGUCUGUGUUUCGUCAUCGUUUUUGAGCACCUGAUAUUCUCGCUGACUUACCUGAUGUCCUCGCUGAUCCCAGACGUGCCAGUGGACCUGAAAAUCCAAUUACAACGAGAAGCAUCGGCAGCUCGCGAAGCCCUCUUCGACGGCGAGAGGCAAUACUUCAACAACCGACCUCGCAGUCGAGCCUCGUCCACCGACUCCCACAUGGCCGCCUCUGACUUGACCCUCGGCGCCCAAAUGGCCGCCACCGCGGAUGCAUCCCGACAGGACAGCAGCCACCAGCACAAAAAGCAGCGUCCUUUGUCAAAUUCCGGCUUAGUCGGCAUAGCGGGGACUCAGGCCAAAAACAGAGACGCGAGUAGCGCGCCUGCGUUUCUCGUGGAAGAGGAUGGAAACCAGGUAUAA